GCUUUCGUGGAACACAUUCCCUGCACUUCCGGUUUAUGACGAUCUACAGACUGGUGGAGCAUGUCAAGUGAUUUAAACUAGGAUACUACAAUGUAGAGGUGGGUAAAAGAGGAAUGUUGCAAGGGGGAUUACUCUCUUGUGUGCGGCUGACACCAGGGGUCCUACUACUUCAUCUCUAGGUUUCUGAAGAUAAUUUGUGGUUAAUUUUCAUGAAUUCUGGAAACCUGCCUGGCCGUCGCUUCAGUUUUCCAGUGAGGAAAAAGUCGGAAGCUAAUAAAACAGUGAAGAGCAUUAAGAAAAUCUCCGCUGGUAAGAGCCCCAAUUUGCCCAAAAAAGAAGCGUCCCCACCAGAGAAUGUGGGAGUUGCAACCAAACCACGGUCCGGGUCAUAUAAUUUGAUGCCAGCAUCUGAUGACCAGAUGGUUCGCAGCAACGAGGAUUUAGAGAGUGUGGAAGUGAGCAGUAGGGAGAAUGGCAGUAGUGGGGACGGGGCCCUGGAUGACAUUGAUGGGGAUGUCGCCACGGGGACAGACGUCUCUGACCCCCAGAAAACAAAAGCUGCCAUCGAACACUAUCAAAGCAAACUGAACAAGACCAUGGAGCAAAUCAAGGCUGAACAGGCAGCCAAGGAAGAAAAUGUCAAUGAAUACCUGCGGUUGGCUAGUAGUGCUAGUGCUGACAAGCAACAAUUGGCCAGAAUCAAAGCAGUAUUCGAGAAGAAAAACCAGAAAUCCACACAAAGCAUCAGUACCCUACAGAAAAAGCUGGAGGGUUACACCAAAAGAAUUGAGGACAUCCAAACAUCUGGGGUCACAGGUCACAAAAAGGCCAAGGAGGUUCUAAGUGACAUGGGUCAUGGACUCAACAGAUUUCGUCUCGCGGUUGGUAAAGAUAAAAGCAAGACAAAGGGAGGUGUUGGUGCCAACAUCGUGGAUGGUAUCACGGGAUUCUCGGGGGGUGUUGUAGGCAACAUAAAAGGAGCCAAAGACACCAUGAUGGCAAAGCCUAAAGAAUUUGCUCAUUUAAUCAAGAAUAAAUUUGGGAGUGCUGACAACAUAAAUCAAAUGAAAUCCCUGGAUGAUGCGGGAGGAAUGGAGGGUGAAAAGCCACAGGGGGGCACUCUGCCCGCGAGGUAUCUUAGUGGGUACAUGUCCUUUCCUGCUUCUUCACAAUCAAAAGAAGACACAAUCAAUGACAAAAAUUUCAAGUAUCCAUCAGAGGAUGACAACUCCAGUAUCCUGUCCGGCUCUAACCUGGAAUAUCAGAGUAGUCCCAUGUCUAAUUCCCAGAACACCUCACAACAGUUUGUCGGGCUUACCCAGGCUGCUCUGGAGCCCAUCUUACAGGAAGUGGAACAGCUCAGAGAGACCAAUAAAAGUUUGGCAGAGACUGUGUCCAGAUUGACAGAGGAACUAGAGCACUGCAAGAGGUGGCACAAUACUGAGGUGAGUGGACUCAGACAGACUCUCGAUGAGGAACGAUUUAAAUAUGAGCGACUGGAGGAGCAGAUGAAUGACAUGACUGAGCUAAAUCAGAAUGAGUUUUCUAAUCUCAGACAGGACAUAUCAAGUAUGGAAGAGAAGAUUGAAUAUCGUCUGGAUGAGAGGACCACAGAUCUCCAGGAUAAUGUGGAAAAUUGUCAGACCAGGAUCUCCAAGAUGGAGCUUCAGCAGCAACAGCAGCAGAUUAUCUCGAUGGAGAUGGUGGAGAAUGUCACGUUUCGUACACUCCUUACUAAGCUGAUCAAUGUUGUGUUGGCCAUUGUUGCCGUCGUUCUUGUCAUUGUCUCUACAGCUGCCAAUCUUGUUGCUCCAUUUCUUACCACAAGGGCUCGUAUCCUGUCUAGUGCAAUCCUAGUUGUAGCCAUUAUCCUAGUGGGUCGUGAUUGGGAAAGACUUACGCUCUGUUUGAGCAGUAUAUGGCAGUAUGUGUAUGAGUCUCAACCGUUCCGAUGAUAAUGAUUAGGCUUAACUUGUCAUGGCUACACACUUCGUACAGCACAACUGCUUGUGACAUUAUCUCUGUUACCGAAGGUUGAAGAGGGGUGAUUGUCUUUUAAAGUGAGAGAAAAUACUUGCUUGAGCGAUUUUAAAUAUUGUGUAUGUUUAUGGAAGUGAUAUACUUUAAAGCACAGCUGGUGAAUAGAUAUACCUGAUAUAGGUUUGCGAUGAAAAUUUUUUUAUUUUAAAUUUUUUUUUUUGAUUGUGUGUGUAUACAUUUAUAUUCUGUGUUUUAUUUCUGAGACAUACUUUUGGGAGGAAAACCAAUGCCAAAUUAUUGAAAUCCUCCCAUGUACAUGCAUAUUGCCAUAAAAUAAUCUUAGUGCAUAUGUGUAUAUAUGUAGACUAGUGAGUGUUUUUCAAAACCUUUUAGUCAAAAUGAAAGUGCAACAUGGUAUAAAAGGGCUUAGAGAUGUCACCUUUUUUUUGUUCAAAUUGAGUGUAAACAAAUUGAGAUUUUGAAAAAAAGAAACAAUUGACCAGUUUCCAUGACAGAGAAGCAAUGCAGUGUUGCAGUAUUAUUCUUGUGUCAUUGUUGUGUGUAACAUGUCAUGCUUGCUUCUCUCAUAGAGAGUAGAAGAAAGAUGAGCUGAAAGAUUUGAAUGGCCAUUGAUAGAAGUGCUCCAUUAUUUGAUUGUUGCUGGUUCAUGUAAUAAUAUAAGCAGUAAAGCUGUCUUUUUAUUGGCCAGUUUAUUAGAAUCUUGUCAAAUGAUUGGUUGAAUUUUAGUACUGUUGAGAUUACUAUGAUUAAUUAGAGAAAGAUGAAAAAAUGUAAGAAAUUAUAAUGUGAACAAUAUUUUGUGUAUUUCUUACAUGAAGGGUAACUAAAUUUACACAAGUUGUUAUUAAGUGCUUUGAAUAUAGUAUUUCUAACCACACUUCUAAUUUUCUUAAAGAUUUUAAAUAUACAGAUCAAGAAUAAUGCAUUUAUUGCACAAAUAUUUGUAUUUGUGUAUGUUUCAACAAAAAUUUCAUUCAUCAGGUGAACUUUUUAAUUUGACUAGAACAGACACACACACACAAAAUACUUUUCAGUUUUCAUAGAUUGUAAUGUUAAAUACCCUCUUCUUUAUGAUGUAAGAACAUUAAUUGUGAAUCAUUAUACCAAUUAUGCUUAGAAAGCCCUAGAAAUUCAAAAAAAAAAUUUGGAACUUUAUGGCAAGAAAUGUUAAAAUGAAAAUGUUCCACUGUAUAUCUGUAUUUGAUCUGCGCCCAUCCCCCUACCCACCCCAGUCUCAAGGAUCUGAUUAUAAAAUGGAAAGACGUGUUCAGAUUUGAGGUUAAUUAAUAGGUUACAAAAUAUUACAAUUCAUUAGACUUGAAUGAUAUAUAUGUCUCUUGUUAUUAGGAUAUUUUUUUUUAAAUCGAAAGCUGUACAAUAUAUGCUUUGCUUGACAAAACCUCUGUGUUAAAACACAUGGUUUUAUUUUUUCUUUCUUUUAUUUUCAUAUUUAUAUUGCAUGCUUUGGGUAUUGUCAUUUACAUGUAUGCUUAUUUUUAUUUUACCUGCAAGGUUUCUGAAAUUGUUUGUGUAUUUUUUUGUUUUCUUGAAGACUCUGUGUUGAUUCCCAUCAAUGGGGUGUAAUUUGUUAUAUGUGAAUGUGUGCUGGUAAAAGUGUCUUUGAAUGUAGUGCAACUAUAUAACAUGGGUGAGCACUGUUGUUCGGUUCAGGAUGUUAAUUUAUUGACAGUUAGACGAUUUGACCCAUGAUUCCUGACAUGUGCAAUAAGUAAAAAUAAAGUCGGGGAAAAUUCAAA